AUGGAGAAAACGGUUGAGUUAAACGAAGAAUACCAGAUACUGCUCUGCCGCUUAUGCAAUAAUGCUGUCCGCCCGGGAAAUAGCAUCGAAGGCCACUUCCGCGCUCACAAGAUCAAAGGGCAGCUACUAAGGGAUAUCGUGGACUAUUACAGCACAAUGAAGCUGCAGAAUCCGCUUACUACUGAUAUCCCGGCCGAGAGAUCAAAGCCAGUUCAAGGGCUGCUGCUGCUGCAUAGCUUCCGCUGCAUACAAUGCUGCUUUCUGACGAUUGCCAGAGAUAAUAUGAUGCAGCACUGGAGGACAGCUGGCUAUGCAGCAACAGAGCUGGGCUGGAAAAAAGGAGCAGGCCAUUACAGCGACAGAGAGAAGCAGGCUGCUGGAGACAGCAUGCUGGAGAAGAUAAUUGCGAACUAUAUAGCAGAGCGCAAAGAAGAGGAUGAAGCACAGCUCUGCAAGAGCGAUACGGAGGAGGGGAUCGACCGGGACUCGGCAUGGGUAAAGAGGCUAGGCUGGGUACGGCAUUUCGGCUUGCGGGAUAAGCUCGAUAUUCAUAGGGCUGUUGAGUGGGUGAAGGCACCAGCAGCGGGCGGCAGGGCGGCACAGGAGGCAGAUGAGGAGGCACUUCGGGCGCGAGCGCGGCUGGUUAAGCUAGCAGAAAGCUUUGAUUGCGAGGUGGAUAGCAGCAACUGGGGCAAAGAGGGCGAAGAAAGCGAGAAGGACAGUGAGGAGGAGGAGGAGGAGGAGGAGGAGAAGGAGGAGAGCGAGAGGGGCAGAGAAGGCGGGAGCCAGCUGACCGGCGCGCUCGACCGGGCUGUCUUCUUGUUUGUGAUAGCUUCUAUCAAGCAGCAUGUGGGCGGCAGAAUCUAUGCGAACCCGCUGCUCUGCUUUUCUAUACUAUGGUGGGCAUGGCUGUUCUUUCUGGAGGCUAGCUUUGAGAUACAGCUAAGAGAGCGGGAGGAGGUCAGCAUAGAAGCUGUGCUUCUAUUCGAAAAGGAGCUUGCUAAAUGGAUGUUCACAGGCACAUAUACAAUCAUCAGCAUUAUUAUUGGGUGGAUGGCGUAUAGCAAGGGCUGGCGGCAGCAGAUGAGCGGGCAAGCAUUCGUGCGGUGGUCCGAAGACCAGCAGACGCUUUUUCACAACGGAGAGCAGAUCGCGGUGCAGGACUUCCAGCAGACGGCAUGCAAGCUGGUGGCAGAUGCAGAGGCGCUGCUGGACAGGCUGCUGGCUAGCACAUGGGCGCAGGCGCGCCGGGAGCUGGCUAUGGAGCGGAUUGCCGACAGCAUAAUGCGGCUCGGCGCAGGCCAGUCAUUUGUAACAAAUGCGAAGAACAGAUGGCUGGAGGCAGGGCCAGGCAAGGUGAUGCAGCUGAUCGGACCAUCUGUUUGGGAUGCAGUACGGAACCGAUGGAAGCAGGCUGGAGUGAAGAAGUGGCUCCGUCAGCUGCAGCUGUUCCGAGAGGCAUUGCUGCUGCUCGUGCAUAUCUGGGGCGGGCAGCUAGAGCGCGGGCUGGAGCUGAUGAUCAUGCGGCACAGCGACUCGUGGCAGCUGAUCCGCAACGUGUUUGUGCUGAACAGCCAGGUGAUGCUGGUAACAGACUGCGAUAAGAUGAAGGCGCUCUGCAACCACGGGCGCAAGGUGGCCCGCUUCUUGCUGGAUCAGGUCGGGCGGAUGGCUAGCACGGGGGUUCGGAUGGGCAUAGCUCGCUAUCGGCUGAUCGCUAUCGAGAUGAAGCAGCGGAUCCGAGGGCUUGCGAUGCAGCAGGCGAAAGCACAGAUAGAAGAGAUGAAUGAGAAUAAUAAUAUAGAUGUGAACCCGCUGACAGGCGAGCCGAUGGAUAUCGGAGGAAGCUGGAAUAUCGUGUGGGAUUUGCAGGCUAUGCACAGCAUCAAGAUUGCUCAGCAGCAUUAUGCAGUGCAUAUCGAGUUUCUGAGCAGGCUGCAGCCGGAGAUGGUGGCGACGUUCCGGGCCGUUAGCAGGCUGUGGCACCAGUUUCUGGAGAGCAGGGGAGAGAAGAAGGAAAGGGGAAGGACAGAAGAAGUGGUGCAACUAGGGAAAAAGCGAAAAAGUGCAGCGCUGGAGGAAGCAGAGGCGCCCGCAGCAGCAGGGCGCAAGCAGGCAAAGACUAUAGCUGCUGCUGGGCGGAUGGAUACGGAUGCCGAGAUUACAGCAGGGCUGCGGAUGCUGCUGGGGCCCGAGGCGGCGUGGAAGUUCAGCGAGCAGGCUGAGAGCAUGCAGACGAUCAUGCAGCUCGGGCCCGACGGGACAGCUAUCUGCAUGCUUCUGACCGGGGCGGGCAAGAGCUUGCUGUUUAUAGUGCCAGCGGUGCUAGCCAACAGCGGAACGAGCAUCGUAGUUGUGCUGUUUGUAGCGCUGAUGGAGGAUCUGGUGGCGCAGGCUGUUGCUAUGAGCGUAGAUUGCAUCCGGUACCAACUAUUGCUCAGCAUAGGGCGGGAUGGGCUGCUGCGUGCAGUCCGGAUGGUGGUGGCUAGCGCUGAUUUGGUGUCUACAGCCGAGUUUACAGCAUAUGCAGACGGGCUGCUGCUCGCAGGGCUGCUGCAGCGGAUCUUCGUGGACGAGUGCUAUACAGCGAUUACAGAUAUCAGCUACUGGGCGCGGCUGGGCGAGCUGAAGAGCUUGCGGCGGUUCGGGUGCCCGAUGGUGCUGCUGACGGCCACGCUGCUGCUGGUGCUGGAGAGCUGGUUCCGGGAGGAGAUGCUCGCGCAGGAUGCUGUUGCUGUGCAGGCCAGGACUACCAAGGCCAACUGCUGGUAUCGUGUCGAGCUGGUGCAGGGAGGGCGAGGCGCAGUCCAGGAGCAAACAGUCGAGAUAGCACAGCAGCUCGGGAGGGAGAUAACAGGCAACCAGAAGGGGGUGGUUUACUGCUGGUCGAGACAGCAGUGCACAGCUGUGGCCGAGGAGCUGGGCUGCAGCUUUCAUCACAGCGGGAUGAGCGAGGAGGAGCAGCGGGCAGCGCGCGAGGCUAGCUGGCAGUUGUUCAGCGCAGGCUAUGUACAACUAGAGCUUCAUCAGGGCAAGAAGGCCGAUAAAAAAAAAUAA